GGAAUGACAGUCCUUGUCCUGCUCACGGACACGAUCAACAUUCAUUGCUGGUGUGGCACUAGGAAGUGUUAACUAAGGAAGGUCUCAUAGGAGCUAAACUCGCCUAGUGCAACAACAGCUACGGUACUUGACUUUUUUUCAGCACAGCACUUCUUUCACUGUCUUGGUUCAUCAGGACUGACUCCCUCUUGGUCUUGGUGGAAAUUGGGAAUUGUUUUAUGAACAGAAAGAACGACUACGACAAACGAAUAUUACGAGAACAUUCUCGGCGUUGAAGUUAAUCUCAUACUAGAAUUUCAGUUAAAACGUACGUUCUUAUACGAAGCAAGAAAAAUGUUUCCGUCCGUUUUGCACAAAGCCGGCCCACCCGCUUGGCAGCGGCUUCUUAAGGUCAUGCAAGAGAUUGCACCGCUAGAGCUUGCGGCGCCGUGGGACAAUGUCGGGCUUCUCCUCGACUGUCCUGAUGAAACGCAAUGGGCAUCGUUCGAUACGACAAAGAAAAUGAGGCUCUUCUUUUGCAAUGACCUAACAGAACAAGUCGUUGAGGAAGUCAUCGCAAGAAAAGCGGAUUGCGUCAUCACCUACCAUCCAACGCCUUUUGGCAAGAUGAACAAAAUCACACGACACACGCACAUCGGCAGAGUCAUGCUUAGCAUGGUACUAUAGCGACUUCCAACAUCUUCCCGGUCGUUGGUUGUAGCUCCUUGCUGUACGUCCAUGAUUAUUGAUUUCACAAACGUAUAAAGUUCCUUGGUCUCAAUGAUGAAGAUAGAAGUUGUACUCUUCACAGAGCAUGUUCAGCCUAAGUCAAUGACGCUCCUUUUUCAUUCUCUCUUUUAAGAGUCUCACUCCCCAAACAUUAUAGCUGACGAAUCGCAUUCCAGUUUACGCGACGCACACCAGCUUCGAUUGCGUCACAGGUGGUAUAAAUGACUGGUUGCUCUCUGCUUUUGGUUCAAAUAUCGUGGCUGACACGGUUUUACCCGUUGAAGGAUUGAAGGGAAACCCCAAUCCGGCGUUCGGCUUCGGUCGUGUCUGCGACCUCGAAAAGCCGCUGAGCAUUGAUGAUGCGAUAGGUGUAGUGAAAGCGCACACGAAAUUGCCACACCUACGACUCGGGGAACCGAUGAACGCCAAUAUCUCAAAGGAAACGAAAACGAUUAGUCGGGUGGCAGUGUGCGCUGGCUCCGGUGGCAGCGUUUUCAAGGGUUACCGCGGAUCAAAAGUCGAUCUUUUUAUCAGUGGUGAGAUGUCACAUCAUGACGUGCUAGAGCUAAACCAGAAUGGCGCUUAUGUUUUGUUGUGCGAGCAUUCAAACUCAGAACGCGGUUUCUUACCGGAGGUUGCAAGGCGGAUAGGAGAAAAAAUGGGACCGGACUACAGUGUAGAGCCGCUUAUCAGCGAGGUCGACAGAGAUCCGCUCCGAGUAGCGUAGGGCACAAGGGCAUUCUGUCUCUGACAUCAAGGAGAACCUGAUGUUCUUCCAUGGACUCAGAGGAGUUACAAAACGAACUUGAAAUAUCAUGAAGCCAUGAAGAUCUACGCAACGCUUCGUGCAAGAAGAAUCUCAAAACCGCAUUGAUUUACUUUUACCCCACGCUUUUACUGUUUGUGCGCAUAUCAAUCAUUCAUCCCCCAUCAAACUGCGAACUCUAUUUCUGAAAAAUGGAGACGGAUCCAUUGCAUCACCGGUGCACUGUUCGUGUCAGAUUAUAUGAAACACCUGCUGUUAUUUGGAAAGGGACUCCAAACCGAGUUGCACG